AGUAAUGAAAUUCUGAAUUUAUAUCUUCCAAGAAUUCACUAGUAAUAUUCAAUAACGCAGAAAUAUAAUUCCAAACGAUAACUCCAUCCCAGAAUUAUAUCUGCUUCCAAAUUUCAAGAAUUUUGACUUCCUCAAGCUCCACUAUUUUUUAUCUUUGUUCUGCGGUUGUGGCCUUGUUGCAUUACUGUCGAAUAACGAAUACUGAUAAGUGAUAGGAGUUGUCUGGCAGUUUAAAAACCGGCCUUUAAGAUAAAUUUCAUUGAAAAUUUGAAAUAAAAGAUUCGAGUCUGAGAGAAAUGCAGAAACCAAGAGUUUUGAUUCUUGGAGGAUGUGGUUUUAUUGGGAGGAAUUUGGUAUCAUAUUUGGUGCAGGAAGAGCUGACCAGUGCAAUAAGAAUAGUUGAUAAGGUUCCUCCCCAAGUUGCGUGGCUAAAUAAAGUUCAUCAAGAUUAUCUCAACAAUCCAAUUGUUGAAUUUAGAAGCGCUAAUUUAAUAAAUUCAGAUUCUUGUAAAAAUGCGUUUUCAAGUGACGCAUCUUGGGAUUUUGUUGUUAACUGUGCUGGAGAAACAAAAGGUUCCCAAACUGAUCCAAUUUACAACGAAGGAAUUCUCAAAUUAAGCUUAAAUUGCGCGAAUGAAUCUGCUCAAGGAAAUGUUAAACAUUAUGUGGAAUUGUCUUGUGGUAAUAUGAGUUCUUCAGAAAAGGUGCCUCACACAGAAGAUGGCCCAAUGGAGCCUUGGACUAAUGUGGCUAAAUUCAAAGCAAAGGUUGAAAAAGAACUUAAAGAUGUGCCCGGUUUAAAAUUUACUGUGCUUAGACUACCUACAGUUUAUGGAUCUGGAGAUAGGGGGUCAAUGGUUCAAAGAAUAAUGGUAGCUGGUAUAUAUAGGAAGUUGGGGGAAACUAUGAAAUUAUUAUGGAAUGCUGGUUACAAAGUGAACACAGUCCAUGUUGAAGAUGUAUGUCGUGCUAUUUGGUUCGUGUUGAAUAGGGAUGAUACAAUUGGAGAAAUUUACAAUGUUGUGGAUGACUCAAAUUCAACUCAGGGCUCGAUUUCCGAACUUCUACAAGAACUUUUUGAUAUUAAAAUCGAUUAUUAUGGAGUUAUGCUGAGUGCAAUGGUAGAUUUAACAAAUGCUGCAGAUGAAGCAAACGAUAAACAUAUGGACCCAUGGGCGAAGGCUUGUCGCCAAGAUGACGUCCAAAAUACACCCCUUUCUCCCCAUAUGGAUGCAGAGGUGCUUCUCAAUAAACACUUGAACAUAGACGGGACAAAGCUAAAGAAUUUAGGUUUCGAAUUGAAAUAUCCUAAUCUUAACGCCCAAGUACUUAAAAACAUUAUGAAUGAGUUUGUUGAAAUGAAAGUAUAUCCUGCAUCCUUGGCUCCUUAAUGUAUUUUGAGGGAGGUGGAACUGCUACUUAAAAUAUUAGUAAAUUACAAGAUGGAGUUUCUAGGUGCUUGAGAAAGAACAUGUUGGCGUAAAUGUAUCAGUGUUACCAGUUUUUUUUAGAUUAAAAUUUCAGGUUUAUUACUUGUAUUUAUAAUUCUGAAAUGUUUAUGAAAAGGUGUUUUACAAUUCCUAUGUGCCAUAUUAGGGUGGAGAUCCAAAAACACAGUUUCAGCUGCAGUGCAAUAUUUCGACUGUGCAUUGAUACAUUUAUCGAAAUUUCUAUUAAAAUGAAAUCAGUGUGCUUAAAUAAAUAUUUUUCAGAUGUACUUAUUAAUCUAUUCAUUAAGUAAAACAAGGAAUUGGUCUUUUUGUCAUGUUCCUAAAGUGCCUUGUUCUAGGUUUCUAAUAGAGUUUCUACAGAUCGAAUUUUUGUAUUUUAUUUUCUGUGGUAUUUACGAAAAAUUGAAUUUAUACGAAGAAAAACAAUGUUUAUAUAUCUGAUUUUCUGAACUUUAUACUAAAAAAGUUUUUGAACUUAAACUUCCAACAAAUAAGACUUGACUUCUGGAGUAACAAACAAUUUAAUUGUUUUCCAAGCACAAUGAUCUCUGUUUCUAUUAUGUUACUCAUUUUACUAUGUUGUAUGUACUUAUUACUGGCUUUUGCUAUUCUUGUGCUUCUUUAUGUCAAAUAUAAGACAUAGGUGAUAUAAUGGAACAUUCCAAUUGUUUAUUGUAAUCACUAAGAUUUGUUAUACUUUGCAUUUUUUGAUAUGCUCAAUCAUUGAAGUGAUGUGGAUCAUUUACUCGAUAUCCAAUCGUUAAUAAAGUAUAUGCUUACAAA